CUGCAAGCAGAUGAUCCGAAAUAGCUAUUGCACUGGUGCCGCCGGAAUAGAAGCUGCUGAGGCUGCAACAGAUCUUAUGAAGGCUAAUAUUGCUCGUAAGGAAGCUACUGAAGAGUUGCCUCCGCCAGUGGAGGCCAAAAGGCUAGCUUCUUGGGGAACUGAUGUCCCUGAUGAUCUGGUUUUGGAUGACAAGUUACUUGCUGAGGCACUUAAAAAGGAGGAUGAAAGGAGAAGAGAAGAGAAAGAUGAUAGAAAAAGGAAGUAUAACGUCAGAUAUAAUGACGAGGUUACCCUGGAAGAUAUGGAAGCUUACAGGAUGAAGAAGGUCCACCAUGACGAUCCGAUGAGGGAUUUCUUAAAUUAAGACAUAGUUUGUUUCGUAGAAUGGAAUAGCUAUUUUUACUCCUUGUAACAUUGAAUAUGUAUUUUUUUUUUGUUUGGUACAGUGUAAUGCACGGGUGAAUGAAAUCAUAUUGUAAUCAAAUUUCUUAAACACCUUUAUAAUACAAACAUAAUUUACAUUCUUAAAGUAUAUUUUUUAUUUAUUUUUAGGUUAAACUUUUUA